UUCAAAAAUGCCUCCUAAAAAACAAGAAGAGCCUCAACAUGGACCAAUUCUUGGUAGACUGUCAACGAAUUUAAGGAUGGGAAUUCUUGGCUUACCAAAUGUUGGAAAAUCUACAUUUUUUAAUGUUUUAACAAAAUCAGAAGCUCAGGCAGAGAAUUAUCCAUUUUGUACGAUUGACCCGAAUGAAAGUAGAGUACCUAUUGAUGAUGUUAGAUUUGAUUGGUUGGUAGAGCAUUAUAAACCUUUAAGUAGAGUGCCUGCUUUUUUGAAUGUUGUGGAUAUUGCUGGGCUUGUUAAAGGUGCUUCCGAAGGUCAAGGUCUCGGAAAUGCUUUCCUUUCACAUGUUGGUGCAUGUGACGCCCUCUUUCAUUUGUGUAGAGCAUUUGAAGAUAGCGAAGUUACUCAUGUUGAAGGAGAGGUUGACCCAAUUCGUGAUUUGGAAAUAAUAAGUUCAGAACUUCGACUAAAAGAUUUGGCAUAUUUACAGCCAGCAUUAGAUAAAGUAGAGAAAUUAGCAAUUCGAGCAGGGGACAAAACAAAAAAAUUGGAAUAUGAUACUUUAAUUAAAGUAAAAGAAUUAUUGGCAACAAAAUUUGUUCGACAACACGAAUGGAACGAAAAAGAAAUUGAAAUUUUAAAUAAACAUUUAUUUUUAACUGCAAAACCAAUCGUCUAUUUGGUUAAUUUAUCUGAAACAGAUUAUAUUAAAAAGAAGAAUAAAUGGCUACCAAAGAUUAAAUCUUGGAUCGAUUCUAAUGAUCUUGGAGGGGUAUUAAUUCCAUUUUCUGGUGCUUUCGAACUCAAAGCUAUUGAAAUGGACCCUGCAGCAAGAACAGAAUAUUUUAGUCAAACUGGUGUUAGUAGUGCUUUAGAUAAAAUAAUUAAAACUGGUUAUAAAGCUUUGUGUUUGGAAUAUUUUUUUACUGCUGGGAAGGAUGAGGUUCGGGCUUGGACAAUCCAAAAAGGAACAAAAGCGCCUCAGGCAGCUGGAAGAAUUCAUACGGAUUUUGAGAAAGGUUUUAUUAUGGCAGAAGUAAUGAAGAUUGCAGAUUUGAUGGAAUUAUUAAAUGAAAAUGCAGUUAAAGGAGCUGGAAAAUAUAGACAACAAGGAAGGAAUUAUGUAGUUGAAGAUGGGGAUGUUAUAUUUUUUAAAUUUAAUGCUGGUGCUGGUUUGACUGCUGCAAAGAAAAAAUAA